AUCAAGAUCAAGGUCGAGAUCAAAACAAACCAGCGGUGGACGAAGGGCCCCAAACCUUGCCCCAAGCCUUGCCCCAAACCUUGCCCCAAAGCCUUGCCCCAAAGCCCUGCCCCAAAGCCUUGCCGAAGAAGCAGCGCCGCCACGGUCCACCUGCCGCUGCUCGCCGUGGAAGGUGGAAGAGCUGCGAACCUCAAGUCAUGCCGAUACAGUGCAGCGCCGGGUGUGAGAAGAAUGCUGUCUUGAAGAGACCCAAGACUGGGGAUGCUCUGUGCAAGGAGUGUUUCUUCCACGCCUUCGAGGAGGAGGUUCACCACACCAUCACUGCGGCCAAGCUCUUCGUGCCAGGCGACUAUGUGGCCGUCGCUGCCUCGGGCGGCAAAGACUCCACCGUGCUGGCCUACAUUAUGAAGCUGCUCAACGACCGAUACAGCUACGGCCUCAAGCUGGUCCUGCUGUCCGUCGAUGAGGGAAUCACUGGCUACCGAGACGACAGCUUGGAGACAGUGAAGCGAAAUGAGCAGCAGUAUGGAAUUCCCCUCAAGGUGGUGUCAUACGAGGAGCUGUACGGCUGGACCAUGGACCGUAUAGUGCAGCAGACAGGUCGUCGGAGCAACUGUACAUUCUGUGGGGUGUUCCGGCGGCAGGCGCUGGACCGGGGGGCGGCCCUGCUGGGGGUGGACAAGAUCGUCACCGGACACAACGCUGAUGACAUCGCCGAGACAGUCCUGAUGAACAUCCUGCGCGGGGACGUGGCCAGACUACAGCGCUGCACUGCCAUCGUGACGGGUUCAGAAGGAGCCAUAUCAAGGUCCAAACCCUUCAAGUACACAUACGAGAAAGAAAUCGUGAUGUACGCCUACUUCAAGAGGCUCGACUACUUCUCAACAGAGUGCAUUUACUCGCCCAAUGCAUAUCGUGGCCAUGCCCGGGCGUUUCUCAAGGACCUGGAGAAGGUGCGGCCAACUUCCAUCAUCGAUGUCAUUCACUCAGGCGAGAGUUUCUCCAUCAGGGAAGGCGUGAAGCUUCCCACCCAGUCCCUGUGUGAGCGCUGCGGCCACGUGUCCUCCCAGGCGGUGUGCAAGGCCUGCGUGCUGCUGGAGGGCCUCAACAAGGGCAAGCCAAGGCUGGGUCUGGGGAAGUCAUCAAAGGUGGAUGAACACAUGGCGCAGGAAUCCAAAGCGUCCCCCAGCACAGCACCCACGGCACAAGGCUCAGUGGACUCGUCAUCCUCAAAUCCACAUUCAGCGCACAGCAACAUUCUGAAGAGUGUACACAACUUGAAUUUCUGACAUUAUUUAUAUUACAUAAAGGUUUAAUAAAGUCUAUUACACAAAACU